GAGAACUGCCGACGAACCAUGCUAUGCGCCUCCGUAAUCUAUCCAAGCCCACCCGUCCACAUCGGAGGAACCGAAAACCACUGCGGUCUACAAUGCCGGUCAUUCAGCAUUGGACACUUUCAUCUAUAACAUUCUGCAACACCUGUGUCAACGCGCUCCAGCAUAUCUGGGAUAUAGAUCGAGCUACCAUCCAUUCGUCUGCCGCUCCAAUUUCGAAUUGGGUUCAUCUCGCAGACGCUGUCGUCGGUUCCGUCCGCGUGCGAAAUCCAACCUCUCCGGUCGACCGCUUCGUACGGGCACAAUACGGAUCAGUCCGCACGCUCGCCAGUCUUCAUCGGUCGCUCAGAGGUAAUUUUACAGCUGUCCUUGGUUUUAUCUCAAUUAGACCUAGGUCGCACGAUCCCGAGCGCUGCCGCCGUCGACGUUCGAAUAUCGUUUUCGAAUCUCAGUUGCUGAGUCAUGCUGGCGGCCGAGAACUCCCAAAGAACCAUGCUAUGCGCCUCCGUAAUCUGGCUAACCACACCGAUCCACACUGAGGGUUCUAAAACCACUGUGGUCUACAGCGCUGGUUGUUCCGUCUGUAUAGUCAGUCCAUUUCGGUUCGCAUUCUGCGUAUG